GGGCCUUUCAAACAUGGAGGAGCGGGAGCGGGGGGCGAGGUCGCCUGGCGCCGGGAGCCCGGCGCGCCCGCCCAGCCCGCGGUUGGAUGUCAACUCGGACAGCUUCGACCCGCUGCUGGCCCUGUACUCUCCCCGCCUGCCUCCCAUCCCCUAUCCCAACGCGCCCUGCUUCAACAACGUGGCCGCGUACGAGACCUUCCUCAGGACAGGGUCCCGGGGCGGCGGGCGCGGGCGGGCGCGGGGCGCAGACCCAGCCUCAGGGGCCUCCGCCGCCGCUCGACCCUCCAGCAGGACCCGCCGCCGGGCAGACGCCCCCGCCCCGGACCCCGAGCGCAUCGAGCGCCUCCGCCGCCUCAUGGUGGUCAAGAAGGAAGGGGACGAGGCCGACCGGGAUAGCCGCCGGCCUCCGGGCCGGAGCAGGAAGGCACCGCGCAACGUGCUCACGCGAAUGCCAUUGCAUGAAGGCAGCCCUCUGGGUGAACUCCAUCGUUGUAUCCGGGAAGGGGUGAAGGUGAAUGUUCACAUCCGCACUUUCAAGGGACUUCGGGGCGUCUGCACGGGCUUCCUCGUUGCAUUUGACAAGUUCUGGAAUAUGGCACUUACCGAUGUGGAUGAGACCUACCGAAAGCCUGUUCUAGGCAAAGCGUAUGAGCGGGAUUCUUCAUUGACUCUCACGAGGCUAUUUGAUCGACUAAAACUUCAAGAUUCUUCCAAGAAGGAGGCAGAUUCUAAGUCUGCAGUUGAAGACUCCACUCUGUCCAGAUACUCUCAGACGUCCACUUGGAAGAUAAAAUGAAUACAAAUAGAUUUUCCACCCUUGUCGUGCUGCCGCGGACCCUCUGGUGUUCUCUCACCCGUGUGGGACAACUGUGGAAGACCACUGCUCUGGGCAAGUGAGGUAACCUGAGCGAAACCGGGUAUCUUGCAGGAAUUCACUGUGUUGAUGGGGAAUGGAUCUACUGCUAGGGGCAUCUUAAGAACAUUUGGGGGCAUUAAUUGCAUAAGCAUCUGGAUGCAGAAUGCAUGGAACAGAACACUCUGGCCUUGGAUCUUCCCCAGAGCUUCUCUAGGGAUCACUGGUCCAAGCUUUCAAAGAGAUGCGCAGUCACCUCGGACGCCAGCGCGUCCCCAGGGCUGCCUUUCUCGUGCCACCAUGGCGAUCCUGGCUCAUUGGAGUGCCGUCGCAUGGGGACUUCAGAAGUGCUUUUCUUUGAAUUUUCUCAAUUUCAUUUAAAUUCAUAUGUUUGCAAAGAUCCUGUAUAUUACGUAAAUGGAAUGCCAGACUCACCGUAUAUAGAAAUUAGCAGGCAAUUAUUAAAUUUAUAAAAAUCACAGUGAGAUAUUGCCUCACACCUGUUGGAAUGGCUAUUAUUAAAAAAGACGAGACAGCGAAGUGUUGGCGAGGACAGUACCAGUAGAGAAAAGGAACCCCUCGCACACUGUUGGUGGGAAUAGAAAUCAGUACAGCCACCUUUUCAAAAGUUCUGAAGUGUGUUUUUACCAUCCAACAGUGAACUAAAAAUCCUUUAAAUAGGGAACUAUGAAGCAACAACCGAUAGGAAUUUAAGUAAUGACUUAACAUUACUGAAGAAGUUUAUGGGCCUCAGCACCGAUGGCUGAGUUCUGGGGAUGUACCCCUCCCAGGAAGCCCAGGGAAGAACCCCCCGUCUGGGGCCUGGGACCCACCCAUACUUGCCACAUAAUAAAAAUGUUCCGUGUAACCUUGACAGAGAAAAACACCAUCGUCUCAGAUUGCACUCCCAACUGAACCUAUCAUCUUCCCCGAAUAGUUUUAGAAAGGGGUAAGGUAAAGGGAAAAAGAGAGCAUUGAAUAACAAAAGGAAGUUGUUAUGAGGGGUAAAUGAAUAUUAUUAUUUACAUACUUGGUUUAAGCCGCUUAUUUUCUAGCAUCUAAAGUGUGCAAAUGUAUAAACGAGAUGCAUUUUUUUCUUAAAAAUUUCUUAAGAAUUGUUUUCUUAAAAAUUUUAUUUUUCAUCAUACUUGUACUCAAAAUGAUACAAAUCUGGUUGCAUCUGCCUGACAGUGCCUGCGUGAGUGCGGCAUUGGCGUCCGCCCAGUACUUCCCUGAACAGUCAGGGUCGGGGUGUAUGAUUGCACACCCCAGUGUAUGGCUGGUUUCCUACCGACUGUGGAGUGCGGCAUGGUCGUGUUUACACGCACACACGACACAGCCGGUGCUCGUCUACAAACCACUGCCUCCAUCACCGAGCCGACCGGUCAUGUGAAGUUUUGGGUUUUCAGUCUGCCUUCUCUGAUGUUAGAUGAGGUGGCAGCUGUGUUGGUAAUUUUUGUAUGGUUCUGGGGGAUAAUGGGUUUUACAUCCCCACAAAUAAGGUGAUAAUCUCUGUGUAGGAAUCCAAGGUGGUGUUUUAUUUAAUAAAGUAGUGACACAGCUGAGAUUACAGGGUAUUAAAUAUAUACUUGAUGCUAAGGGUUUUUUCAAAAACAACCAUAAUUCUCAGCUUGUGAUAGAACACCAUAUUUGUUUAAAAAGAGAGAGAGAGAAAAGAAAGAAAAUUACUUUUCUGUUGUGGGGAGUGGGUGGGACUUAAUUCCCAUUUUUUAAAAAAAUGUAUCCCCAUGGUGUGCAUGGGAAUACAACUGAAGAGUCAAGUCUGAGGUUGCACUUGAGCUUCUCUUCGAUGAUGCCCAGGGGAGAAUAUGGAGUCUGAUCAAGGACCCUGCGUCCUACUUCCUCCAGGGUCUCACGUGGACCAGUUAUCAACACCUGAAUGGCUGCCUGCACGGGGAGUGAGGGUUCCCUCAGAAGGACCCCACAGUUCCCAAGCUACCUGCAGACACAUAGAAGUUUCAUUUUAAAUGUUUUCCCAUUCACUAGAGGUUCAUUUUGUACUGAUUUGAUCCUAUUUCCUGCCUUUCCCACCUGGAGAUGACGUCUUUGUUUUAAAGAGUCUUGGCAAACUACGGUUUAGUGGAACAAAACAGAAGACAUUCUGAAACUCGUACGCUGUAAGCCUCAGUUAAGGUGAUCGGGAGAAAGUUGUACUUCACGUAUGUGGCCGCCCACUUGGAAAGUGUCAGCGCAGUGUAGAGCUACAAAGACACAGUAGAUAACAGUUGUUGUCAACCUCCCAAACUCGAUUCAAUGUGACAGUGACACUUCACAGCACAUUGCAUCCAAUCUCAUUUGAAGCUGACGAAGAUCAUUUCUGCUUUACAUCUAUUGGUUUAUUAAUGGUCUACAGCUUCUUAAGCAGAUGCAUAUUCAUUAGGUGGCCAGCUGUUAGGAGGUUUCCAGAUGUCGAAUGUAACUCUGUCUUGGAACAUUUUUUUUUCCUUAUCAUGAAACAAAGUAAUUGAGGCCUUAUUAAAGAACCAGUUAAUUACUAAAGCAGUACCUUAUGGCACCCUUUUUAUCAUUUAAAUCUUAGAACUCUUGGGACAUCUAAAAAUUUGGUAAAGAGACAGUAUUUAAGAGCCAACCUUUAUUAUAUAUUCAUAUAGACAGGUAGUGUGUGUAUCGCAAAUGUAUGUACACAUGACUUACUUCCAUGUUGAAGG